AUGGGGUCGGCGCCGAUCAAGAAGCCUCGUACCGGAGCCUCUCCUCCCCGGAGGCUCGAUAUGCUGGGCGACGCCAUGUUCCCCCUGUCCUCCGUGAGCUCGAUCCAGCUGAACCGCGACGAUGCUGUCUCGCCUCUCUUCUUUUCUCACGCCCCAGCGAGGCACUAUGCUCGUCCUCACAGCGUCCCUGUCUCGGACGUGGCCUCGGCCAUCCUCGCCCAUGCCCGCGACGAGACUUCAGGCGUAGUCACGACUUUGAAGCUCCCAAGAGCGAGCGUCAGCUCCACGAGCGCCGCCCUCUCCGGCAGCACGCCGUCGUCCAUGGACAUGUCGGCGCCGUCCCUGAGCCCCGACAUGCGCAGCCUGCCCCCUGGCUUGCAGAUGCUUCAGGGUGUUGGCGUCCUUGAGCUUCUCGAGCAUGAUGAUAGGCCGACGUUCCUGGUAGACCUGGCCAACCCGGCAAACGCCCAUCGCCCCGGCUUGCCCACAGUCUACCACAACGCCUCGCUGCGUGCGGCUGAGUCUAUUCACGGCCUGCUAAACCCCGACCAGGAAAAUCCUGGCAGUCCCGGGCCCUCAGAUGAGUUCAACAACUUCAAGGCAUGGGUGAUGGCCACUGGUGUCGACUCCCCCAAUGUCCCUUCAUCCACAUACGAAUAUGGGGGGAUUACAUGGGUGUGCACAACCUUGAGGCGCCGUUUUCGAUUCAUCAGCGGAAACAUCACCUGCCAAACCACUCACGCAACCUCGCCGAUGCCCAUGAUGGAAGAGGAGGAGGAGGAGGAGGAAGAAGGAGACGGUGAUGCACCCAUGCUGGGGCAAGACGACAGUGGCCGCUGCAUAUCGACUCCAGCUACACCCGCGGGCGACAUUCCCGAGCCGCCGGACUACUUUGGCACCGCCACCGCGAAGACCACCACCAUUGAGCCCAUGGACACGACCGACACGACUCCCGCAACCGGCACCAUUGAGCCGAUAUACGACAUCAACCGACGACAUCCCGAUGACUUUACCAAUGAGGUACUGCAGUCGCAGCCUGUGAGGUCAACCUUUGACUGGACCAGGAUUCCCUAUAGCGACAGUUUGCCCGAGCACAUCAAGUUGGCCAAGUCGGUGGACUGGGCUUCUACGCCUCUUGGCCCCAUGAGCGAAUGGGGCUACAACCUGAGGGCCAUGGCGAACAUGGUCAUGGGCAGCCCCAACCCGGCCGCCAUGUACUGGGGCCGCGAGUACGUCAGCAUUUACAACGCUGCAUAUGUGGCAUUGGCGGGCAGCAAACAUCCAUCUCUCAUGGGCAAGCGGUACUCGGAGGGCUGGGUCGAGCUCUUUGAUGACUUUGCCCCGAUAUUCCAGUCUGCUUGGGAGUCUGGCCAAGCGACCAUGAAGCAUGACGACCAGCUGUUCAUCAACCGACAUGGCUUCCUGGAAGAGACGUUCUUCUCAUGGUCCAUAAUUCCACUCCUCGGCGAAGAUGGCGAGGUCGUUGGCCUGUUCAAUCCCAGUUUCGAAAACACUCGGCGCAGAAUCAACGAGCGCCGAAUGCUAACACUGCGGGAGAUAGGCGAGCGGACGGCGUCGGCGGCUUCCGUCAGCGAGUUUUGGCCACAAGUACGGAAAGGACUGGCUUUUAACGAGUACGACAUACCCUUCAGCAUGAUUUACUCCGUCAAAGACGACGCCGAAAGCGAGGUAUCAUCGCUUCACUCUGGUAGCCAGAUGUACUCUCCCCAGCUUGUUCUCGAGGGAGCUCCUGGCGUCCCAGAGGGCCAUGUGGCCGCACCCCCGACACUGGACCUGCGUACCUCAGACGAAGGGUUUGCGCCUUACGUGCGACAGUCGCUGGCAGGGGGCGGAGCGCCUGUUGUGCUAUCAGAGGAUGACGGCACCCUGCCAAAGCAUUUAAUCGAAGGAUUCGAGUGGCGGGGCUUCGGUGACCCUUGCAGGACGAUUGUCGUCUUCCCAAUCAUCCCCACAACAACAGGCGAUGCUGUAACGGGUUUCAUCGUACUUGGCGUGAACCCCCGACGGCCGUAUGACGACGACUACAAGCUCUUCAUCCAUCUUUUGUCGCGGCAGCUGGCUACUUCCAUGGCCUCGGUUCUCUUGUUUGAGGAGGAAAUUCGGCGUGGACAGCGAGCCGCUCACCUGGCUGCUUUGGAUCGCCAGGAACUCUCGGAGCAGCUUUUGCAACGUACACAAGAGGCCAAUGAGCUGGAGACAAAGUUUACGCGCAUGGCCGAGUUCGCGCCAGUUGGAAUGUUCAUUGCUGACGAAAAGGGCCAUAUCAAUUACUGCAACGACAUGUGGUGGCAGAUUUCUCGACACUCCCGAUCCGAACAGAUAGGCACUGCAUGGAUGGACAGCGUACGCAUCGAAGAUAGGCCGGGCCUGGAGGCGGCUUGGACAAGGCUUCUGGAGCAAAAAGUGACCAUCUCAGUGGAGUUUCGAUUCAACUGCAGUCAGCUGUGCGGAGAUCACACCGUCGACACCUGGGUCCUGAUGAGCGCGUUUCCCGAGAAGGACCCCGAUGGCAGCCUGGCGUCCAUUUUCGGUUGUAUCACCGACAUCUCCUCUCAAAAGUGGGCGGAAAAGGUGCAGAACGAGAGGCGCGAGGAGGCCGUGGAGCUCAAGCGGCAGCAGGAGAACUUCAUCGACAUUACGAGCCAUGAAAUGAGGAACCCCCUGUCGGCCAUUCUUCAGUGCGUGGACCAGAUCGCCAACAGCAUAGGCUCCUUCACGGCCCAUUCGGACAGGGCAGAGGUGGACGCCCUUUUGGAGUCGUGCCUCGAUGCUGCCAACACCAUCAACUUGUGCGCCAGCCACCAGAAGCGCAUCGUCGAUGACAUCCUGACGCUGUCGAAGCUCGACUCCAACUUGCUGGCCGUCACUCCCGUCGAUGAACAGCCGAUCAAGGUCGUUCACCGAACGCUCAAGAUGUUCGAGUCGGAACUGCUUGCCCACGACAUUGACUUUGAAUUUCGCGUCGACAACAGCUUCGAGGCCUAUGGGGUUACCUGGGCCAAGCUGGAUCCAUCCAGGCUGAGGCAAGUACUGAUCAACCUCAUGACCAACGCCAUCAAGUUCACCCAGGGCCGAGAGAAGAGGGCCAUUACCGUCAGCAUGUGCGCGACCAAGGACAUCUCGGAGGUGACUAGUCAGGGGACGUUUUACUUUGAACGAAACGAUAUACAGCGGACCGUCGGUAUGGAUAUCGACAACGAAGAGGAGUGGGGAGCCGGUGAGCGCUUCAACAUCCACUGCUCGGUGGAGGACACCGGUGCCGGCUUGGGUGACGAGGAAAUGAAGGUGUUGUUCCAGCGUUUCCAACAAGCCUCGCCCCGGACGCAUGUGCAGUACGGUGGCUCUGGCUUGGGGCUGUUCAUCUCGAGGAUCUUAACCGAGAUGCAAGGCGGUCAGAUUGGCGUUUCCUCCCAAAAGGACGCCGGGAGCAAGUUCAGCUUCUACGUCCAAAGCCGGAAAUGCCUGAACCCCCCAUCCCAAUAUGAGCACAUCACGCCGUUCAAGCUCGAGCGCAAGAUCCAGGUCGCUCCAGCCACCACCGGCCAGCCUGCCAGCGGCCCCGCCUCGCGAUGCCAGUCAGAUGCAGGCCGCAGCCCGCUGUUCGAUGUGCUUAUUGUCGAAGAUAACAUCGUGAACCAGAAGGUUUUGCAGCGACAGCUGCGCAAUUACGGCAACAAUACGUUUGUGGCAAACCAUGGCCGAGAGGCGCUGCAGACGCUGGAAAAGUCGAGGUUUUGGGCAGGCCAAGAAGACGAAGGCGUCGACAUUUCCGUCAUCCUGAUGGACCUGGAGAUGCCCGUCAUGGACGGCAUGACGUGCGCGCGGAAGAUUCGCCAGCUCGAGAAGGAAGGGACAAUCAUCAAGCAUAUCCCCAUCAUUGCGGUUACGGCAUACGCACGGCCCGAGCAAAUUGAGAAUGCAAAGGCCGCAGGAAUUGAUGAUGUGAUCUCCAAGCCAUUCCGGAUUCCCGAGCUACUCCCCAAAAUCGAGGAGCUGGUGGGCAAGUACCAGAGCCUUUCCGUGUCGAGAAACGCAUAG